AUAUUUUUAAUGGGACCUUCUUUAAUAUAUAGACCACUCCUUGACCGACCGACCGACCGACCAACCGACCGACCGAAUCGUUAUCCUUAACCAUCGAGCGGACCAGCAGGGGUAUGUGGGCGUUUUGUUACGGUAUUGGUACGCCGGCGCAGAACCUACGACGGCAUAAAGAAAACGUAGGAUCCGUGCUCCUCAUAACGAUUCGAACAGUAUUCUGUGUAGGAUCUUCCCGAAUACGAUCUCAAUAAUGCCACCUAAAACCAGUGGAAAAGCUAUGAAAAAGGCUGGAAAAGCGCAAAAGAAUAUUAGUAAGACUGAUAAAAAAAAGAAACGGAAGAGGAAAGAAAGUUAUGCCAUUUAUAUCUACAAAGUAUUGAAGCAAGUACAUCCGGAUACUGGAAUAUCCAGUAAGGCUAUGAGCAUCAUGAACAGCUUCGUUAACGAUGUUUUCGAAAGAAUAGCUGCUGAGGCGUCUAGACUGGCACAUUACAACAAGCGAUCGACGAUUACAUCACGGGAGAUCCAAACCGCUGUCAGAUUAUUGUUACCCGGCGAAUUAGCUAAGCACGCUGUAAGUGAAGGUACAAAGGCGGUUACCAAAUACACUAGUUCCAAGUAAUUA